AUGUGGUUUCAUUACAAAUUACAUGAUGUUAAGUCUGAAAAUAUAUUACAAUUUCUAAGUGAUAGUGUAAAAAUAUCUCAACUUAAACCAUCUAUUGAUAUUUCUCCGGAUUAUAUUCAGUGGUCUGAAAAUCAAAGGGCACACUUUACAUCAUUGACGAAUGAUGCAACUUCAAGUAAAUCAGUCUACAGUAUACAGAAAUUAUCCAAUUCUUUAGAACAGUCUUCAACGUUGAAUGGAAAUAUGAAGCAAAGCACAAAUAACAAAGAAUCAAGACAAGCAGCGUAUUUGAAAAUAAAUAAAUCCACUACUGACUUGGACAUAAGAUUUCCAGUUUUCAGAAAUAAUGAAUCUGAUGAACUAAAUUUCACUGCAUCUAAUGUCGUUUACUCAGGUCCAACCUCUGUUAUAUUAGCCAUAUUAACAGCAAUAGUUAGUUUUAUUACAAUUGUUGGCAAUAUUCUGGUCCUCAUGUCAUUUUUUGUGGAAAGAGCGUUGAGAACAGCAUCUAAUUACUUUUUAGCCUCUUUAGCUGUAACAGAUGUGCUAAUUGGUUUAUUCUCAAUGAAUUUCUAUACUUUGUACCUCUUGCUUGGAAGAUGGCCAUUGGGAAGACUUUCUUGUGAUUUAUGGUUAAGCUUAGACUACACAGCCUGUUUAACAUCUCAGUAUACUGUUCUCAUCAUCACUAUUGAUAGAUUUUGUUCUGUGCAUAUACCUGCUAAGUACAGAAACUGGAGAACUGAUCGGAAAGUGCUUAUACUAGUCGCCGUCACAUGGAUUAUACCAUCAUCUGUUUUUUUUACAACAAUAAUGGGUUGGCCUUAUUUUCAAACAAAUGUUAGCCCUAGACCAUAUUAUGAAUGCUACGCUGAAUUCGCAAACGACCCUGUAUUUAAUACAGUAUUCACAGUAUGUUAUUUUUGGGUUACAUUAUGCGUAAUGUUAGGCUUAUAUGUUGGUAUUUACCGAGUUGCCGCUGAUUUACAAAGGCGCAGUGAUGAAAAGCGAAAUCGCGUUUCAGGCCUCAUUGCCAGCAGUACACAAAAUAAUCAAGGCACUAAAGGAAGUCAGAUGAAUAACCAAACAAAUUCAACACAAAAUAUGAGUCAGAAAGGCACAAAUAUGCAAAAUUAUCCUAACAACAGUAGUAUGGGCUGUCUAGGCGAUUCAUCUGGUUUCGAUUCAGAUGAAGGCAAACCAAAUCCAGUUAAGCACAACACUCCAGCAAAGAUAAAUAAGGCCGUUGAAAGACGUAAACCAUUGGCUCAAAACAAUAUGCAAAAUGCUAAUCAAAUAAAACCUGAACCACAAAAUCAGAAAACGUUUGUAUCCCUACCAAAAAUUGAAGCUCGAUGUGACAUUUCACCAAGUAUUCUCGAGAACAUCCUCACUAAUCCAGUCAAAGCGAAAACACUAGAUUCAUCAAAACCUAUCUCAGAUCCCUUCAACGACAAACAGGAAAAUGAAAUAGGUUAUCUCUUCCCGACAUCUGUGAUGACAAAUAAAAAUCCCGGUCUCAUGAUAAGCUCGCCGGUGCUAACUGAUGAAGACAGUGGACUUGAAAUACAAGAACCACCUAUUUCUGAAUGUUACGACUUUCUUAACACAGAAGAAGUAAGUGUAAAGGUAACAAAGCAAAAUCAGUCAAACAAUGAGAAGUCAUAUUCGAAAGGUGAAGAAAGUAAGGAAAAAACAGUUGACCCGAAUUAUCAAAAUCGUGUUAUGGAACAAUUUAGACAAAGAUUAGCUGCAUUAAACAACCAAAAUGUAGUAUCUCGUGGUUCAAACUAUACAAAACAUAAUGAUCACCCAUCUAAUAUUGGUUUAUCAAAAUCUAAACAAGUUAAUAAUCAUUCACGACUCACUUUGAAUACCUUAAAUUGCUCUGAAUCUACAUCAUCGAAAGGCACUGAAAAUAAUAUCAAUAACACCUUUAACAACCAUGAUAUUCAUGCUGUAAAUUAUCGAACACAUCAAAAACCACAGUUUUCUAACAGUAAUAUAGAUGGCUCCAAUUCGACUGAGACUGAUACGAACUUACAAUCACCUCUGUAUGCAAACAAUUCAUCUCCAAUCUGGAAAUCUCGUCCUAUGUGCUGUGAUGGAAUUGUCAGUGCACCUUGCUCAGUAAAAAGUUAUGAGGGUUCAGAUAGACGAAUACAAUCAGAUGGUUGCAUGAGUCAGCAAAUAUGUAUUAUUUGUAUGCGACACCAACAACAACAACAACAACAACAUGACUCUGAUACAUUACCAUCAAGUUCAAGCUACGGAGAAUAUACAAACCCAAUUGUAUGCGAUGAAAAAUGUCUUUAUCAUUCACAAACAUAUACUCAUCAACGAACUUCAAUGAAUAUUUCAACUGGAGCACGUUUCUUGUAUUACUUACAGACAUUUAAAUUAAAAAUUCCCUCAGUCAGUAUUAUAGAACAAGUUAAGAAAACUUUUAUUCGUAGAAAAUCAAAGCGUAAAAUAUUUGAACGUGGACGACGUGAAAAUCGUGCACGUAAAGCAUUAAGAACAAUCACAUUUAUUAUGGGAGCAUUUGUUAUUUGUUGGACACCAUAUCAUACAGUCAUUAUGAUUAAAGGUAUAUGUGAUGAUAUUCAGAAUAAAUACACUUGCGUUAAUGAUAUAUUUUACAGUGUAACUUAUUGGUUAUGCUAUAUGAAUUCACCUAUAAAUCCAUUUUGUUAUGCCUUAGCAAAUGCACAAUUUAAAAGACAUUUCUACGUAUAUUUCGUGAUAAGCGAAGUUUAUGCAGCAGACUGUUGGUGUACUAACGGAGUUUUAAUAUAA